UGGAACGGCUGGGCUGGCUCAUUUCGCAUCUGCUAGCUGGAGAAGAAAAACAGCAUUCUGACCUGCUUCACGCACUGGAUAACAAAAUAAGCGGCACAUCCAGGAAUAUUACACCUUUGAAGUCUGGAGAGUUAUCUGGAGGGAUUGCAGAAAAACACAAAUCCCUGAAUGUGGGGACAAUGAGGGGACCCAGACCAGCCUAAGCUGUGGUGGACCAACUGGAGGCUUCAGGAGAGGAAGGGGUUGAUGCAAUUGGAGCCAUGAACGUACCCUGCUGUCCAUGUAACACCAGACAGCUCUGACACACUCCUCCUCAGUGCUCUCUCUUCCUCCCCUUUUUCCCCCUUUCCCGAAAACUAAAUCUAUAAAUCUAUAAACACGCACAGACAGAGAGUAUCUCUUGCCACAAAAUUGACUUCGUUUUCCUAAAAAGCUACAUCUGGAUUCCAAGGACUGGGAUUUCUAUUUGGAAUAAGGAGUUGAGUUGAGGGACGGAACGAAAUUCCCCCUGCCAGUCCACUGUCCUCAUUUUUCCCUGUGAGUCCCAGAGGCACCAACCAAUGGAGAGACGGAGAAGAGAGUCAGGAUAAAACAGCAGAGAAAUAGAGCAAAUUCAGAGAGAACUACUGAAUCGGCAGGAUUGGAAUCUGGAAUUGGGUCCUGUGAGGGUUUUGCUUCUCCCACACUUUCCCCAGCCUAGAGGACUCUCCUUAGCGAGAACCAGACAUAUCAACCAUUGUUUACACUUAACAUACAAAAACGACAACGACAGCUGCAACUACGCUAGGCCGAGCUACGUCCCUGUGUGGAGGAUUUGAACCAAUAGGAAGACGAUAAGGAUUUAGGAUUGAGAUCGCAACCAUGACGAGGGGGUUGAGGUUUCCCGCUUUGCCCAUGUGGCCCCUGGCGUUCCUCAGUCUGCUGGUGACGACCCGGGCGCUGGAGUUCGGCGGGGCCCCCGGCCAGUGGGCCCGCUACGGGCGUUGGGAGGCGGGCUCGGUGGGCGAGCUGAGCUUCAGUCUGAAGACCAAUAUCAGCAAGGCCCUGGUGCUCUACCUGGACGACGGCGGCAACUGCGACUUCAUGGAGCUCCUAAUCGCCGGCGGGCGCCUCCAGCUGCGCUUCGCCAUCCACUGCGCCGAACCCGCCACCUUACAUAUGGAAACCCGGGUCAACGACGACCGCUGGCACAUGGUGCUCCUCACACGCAACUUCCGCGAGACCCUGCUGAUGGUGGAUGGCGAGACCAAGGUGGCGGAGGUCAAGUCCAAGCGGAAGGAGAUGGCGGUGGUCAGCGACCUGUUCGUGGGUGGCAUCCCGCCUGACGUGCGCCUCUCAGCCCUUACGUCCAGCACGGUGAAGUACGAGCCCCCAUUCCUGGGCCUGAUCUCCAACCUGAAGGUGGGCGAGAUGCCCCCUACCCUGCUCAACAGCCAGGGCAUCCAGAGUGACCUAGAGUUUCUGUGCACCAAGCAGAACCCCUGCCUCAACGGAGGCUUCUGCUCCAUCCAGUAUGGCGAGGUGCACUGCGACUGCACACACACCCGCUACAAGGGGAAGUACUGCAAGGAAGCAGAAGAGUAUGCUGUCGAAGGUCUGGCGCACCUGACGUUAAGCAACCAAGGUGACUCAUCGCAGGGCGGGAAGGAAGAGUCGGUAGCCACCUUCAAGGGGAACGAGUUCUUCUGCUACGACCUGUCACUGACGCCCAUCCAGAGUAGCACGGACGAGAUCACGCUCUCCUUCCGCACGCUGCAGCGCAACGGCCUCAUGCUGCACACGGGCAAGUCGGCCGACUACGUCAACCUGUCGCUGAAGAGCGGCGCCGUGUGGCUGGUCAUCAACCUGGGCUCGGGCGCCUUCGAGGCGCUGGUAGAGCCUGUCAACGGGAAGUUCAACGACAACACCUGGCACGAUGUGCGCGUCACCCGCAACCUGCGUCAGCACGCAGGCAUUGGACACGCUAUGGUGACCAUAUCAGUGGAUGGUAUUUUGACCACUACUGGUUAUACCCAGGAGGACUACACCAUGUUGGGCUCAGAUGACUUCUUCUACAUAGGGGGGAGUCCCAAUACAGCAGACCUGCCUGGAUCACCCGUCAGCAACAACUUCAUGGGCUGCCUUAAAGACGUGGUGUACAAGAAUAACGACUUCAAGCUAGAACUCUCCCGGCUAGCCAUCGAGCGGGACCCUAAGAUAAGCCUGAACGGAGAUCUUGUCUUCCGCUGCGAGGACGUGGCCGCCCUGGACCCCGUCACCUUCGAGUCCCCCGAGUCCUUCAUCGCCCUGCCCAAGUGGAACACCAAGAAAACAGGCUCUAUCUCCUUCGACUUCCGCACCACAGAACCCAGCGGCCUGCUGCUGUUCAGCCACGGUCGCCCCCAGGGUCCUAAAGAGCAGAAGCCGGGUCGAGACAUGAAGUCAGACUACUUUGCUAUGGAGCUGAUGGAUGGGUUUCUCUACCUGCUCAUGGACAUGGGGUCGGGGAGUAUCAAGUUGAAGACAAGUAAUAAGAAGGUGAACGACGGGGAGUGGUGCCAUGUGGACUUCCAGAGGGAAGGAAGGAAAGGCUCCAUCUCGGUGAACAGCCGCAGUAUCCCCUUCAACUCCAACGAGGGCAGUGAGAUCCUGGACCUGGACAGCGACAUGUUCCUGGGGGGUCUCCCCGAGGCCCGCUCUGACCUGGUGCUGCCCCCCGAGGUCUGGACCGCCCUGCUCAACUACGGCUACGUGGGCUGCGUCCGUGACCUCUUCAUCGACGGCAAGAGCCGCGACGUGCGCCGCCUGGCCGAGAUCCAGAGCUGCCCGGGCGUUAGCAGCUUCUGCACCCGCGAGCUUCAGAAAAGGUGUAGCAGCACCCCCUGUGGGAACGGAGGCCUGUGUAAAGAGGGAUGGAACCGCUACAUAUGCGACUGCACCGGCACCGGCUACCUGGGCAGCAACUGUGAAAUCGAGGCGACGGUGCUGAGCUACGACGGCAGCAUGUACCUGAAGAUCAUCAUCCCAGGCACCAUGCACACUGAGGCAGAGGACGUGGUGCUAAGGUUCAUGUCCCAACGGGCCUUCGGCCUCCUCAUGGCCACCACCUCCAAAGAGUCCGCCGACACCCUGCGGCUAGAGCUGGAUGGUGGCAGGGUCAAGCUGACCGUCAACCUAGAUUGUAUCAGGAUAGACUGUAACCUCAGUAAAGGACCUGAAACGCUCUUCGCUGGCCAGAAGCUCAACGACAACGAGUGGCACAUGGUGAAAGUGGUGCGCCGAGGAAAGAACUUCCAGCUGUCUGUGGACAACGUCACGGUGGAAGGCCAGAUGACGGGUGCCCACACGCGGCUGGAGUUCCACAACAUUGAGACGGGCAUCAUGACCGAGCGCCGCUUCAUCUCUGUGGUGCCCUCCAACUUCAUCGGUCACCUCCAGGGCUUGACGGUCAACGGCGUGCCCUACCUGGACCAGUGCAAGAACGGCGACAUCUCCUACUGCGAACUCAACGCCCGCUUUGGCAUGCGCCACAUCAUCGCCGAUCCGGUGACGUUUAGAACGAAAGCGAGCUAUCUAGCGUUGGCUACUUUGCAGGCCUACGCCUCCAUGCACCUCUUCUUCCAGUUCAAGACCACCACAUCGGACGGCCUGCUGCUCUUCAACUCGGGGGAUGGCAGCGACUUUAUCGUUGUGGAGCUGGUCAAAGGCUACGUCCAUUAUGUCUUUGACCUCGGCAACGGCCCGUCGCUGAUGAAGGGUAACUCGGACAAGCCGCUCAACGACAACCAGUGGCACAACGUGGUGGUCUCCCGGGAUGCCAACAACGUGCACACGCUCAAGAUCGACUCCCGCACCGUCACCCAGCACUCCAAUGGAGCCCGCAACCUGGACCUCAAAGGGGAGCUGUACAUCGGUGGCGUGGGGAAGAGCAUGUACAACAGUCUGCCCAAGCUGAUCGCGUCCCGGGAUGGGUACCAGGGCUGCCUGGCUUCGGUGGACCUCAACGGGAGACUGCCAGACCUGAUCGCAGACGCCCUCCACAGGGUGGGCCAGGUGGAGCGAGGCUGCGACGGACCUAGCACCACCUGUACGGAGGACUCCUGCUACAAUCAGGGCGUGUGUCUCCAGCAGUGGGAGGGCUUCUCCUGCGACUGCACCAUGACGUCCUAUGGAGGCUCCUUCUGUAGCGACCGUUGUGUUGUGUAG